UGCACGUUGCAGAACAAGACGAGUUUCCACCCGAAAUUUGGUGUAAAAUUCCGACAAUAAUCCUAAACAUUUCUCGAAGAGUCGAGAGUCUUUUGUUCAGUGAAUUGUCAGGUCGUUCCGGGGCUGCGAGUUCUGCCGGUAUGUGAAAGAAAUAGUGUAUUCCACGAGUGAUCUUACAAAAAUUAGCUGCAGAUACAAGAACUGGUUUCAGAGCAUGCAAGAUAAUGAAGCUAAGCUACAAAACCUGUUUACAAGUAGCCUUUGCUUUCUUUCUGGGGGCUUGUUUUCAAUUGACGAAUGGGAAUUACAAUGCAAUUCAGAGGCUUGAAGAAGUAAUAGAGAUGGCUGAAAGGGAAUCUAGAUUACUCGCCAACGAGAUCAAUCAAUGGCUGAUACAAGAAAGCGGAGGUAUGAUAAAAGAAGAUGAGAAAAUGCACUUGCGAUCCACACGAUCUGUCGACGACUUCGACGAAGGUGCACAAACGGAUGCCGACUUGUUAUCCGAAGUCAGCCGACCAAUUGUCCGCAGAGAUAUCGCUAAAAAUGAGAGACUUCACAAUAAAGGGAAAGGUUCUGUCGCAGUCAAGAAAGAGGACAAAAAAGCGGAGGGGUCUUCUCAUUUGUUGAAGAAGCCCGGUUUGAACAUCAGAAUGGACAAACAUCCAGUAAAGAAGACGUCACAAAGGAAGAAGAAGGUCGAAGACAGAGAGAAAAGCAAAAAAGUUUUGACCGCCGCGAAAGCUAAACGAGUUUCAAGGCCACAAGAUAAAAAAGCAAUACAGAAAGUAAGCACUGAUGAAAUGAGUAAAGAAAACCUCGUUAAUGCUUUAAUUGGAGGAGACACCCGUUUGAAUAUCCACAGCGGUAUCCCCGAGAAAGCAUAUAGGGAACUGGUAGAGUAUUUUGCAGGCGGCGAGCAGUCCACGAUUGAAGCGAGCAGCAAGAAAUCUGAAAUCGCACAUCCUGAGGGAGAUCAGAAGCAAACAGGCCCGAAAAAGAUGGUUCGUAGAAAGCUAACGAAAAAGCACAAACGUAUUCUUGCGAUACUGGCGAAGAUGGACCCAAAUGUUUUACGUAAAUACUUCCAUUUAAAAGGUUUUGAUAAAUAUUGGAAGCUCAUGCAAAGCAUCAGGAAAAGCCAUUCUGUGAAACAGAAUCUUGGGAAGAAACAAAAGGGUGAUGACGAUAAGAAGGUUACAAAAAAGGUGAAAGACGCGUUGCCAGAGAAAUCCAAAAGUUCGCCACGUCUUGUGCACUUAGCAAAACCAAUGCAGUUUCACAAACUGGCCAAACAACAACACACCAACAAAGUUAUUCCUCAGCAAAAAAAAGUCAAAUAUAAUCCAUCCAAGGGAACUAACAAAGAUGCAACGACAAAAAAUGUAGGUAAAAAGAAGACUGCAAAUAAAGUAACGAAAAACGAGACAGCUAAGAAAUUGGUAAGGGAUAGAGCGAAGGAGAAUCUACAAAAACAAAUGGUUGUCCAGGGCUCUUCAAGUCUCAAAGGACGCAAAAGUGAAGAGCACACUCAGAAGCUGGUCACAAUGAAAGACAAGGCAGCUAACGUUGAAAAUAAACACGGUCAUAAAGCUGUAGUGGAACACAAGACCAGGAAAAUUGUGAAAUCCCAUCAUGAUCAGGGAAAAGACUUACCAAAGAAAGUAAAAAGCGAAGUAAACUCUAAGGUGGGAGGAAAAGGCAAAAACAGCCACGUUGUUAAGGACGGUGCCCCUGCUUCCAUCGUACCCCAUGUAAAAGAUGCUGUCACUCAAAAUAAAGCUCCAACCGGAGGGAAACCAAAAUCUUCUCAGGUCCAAGUGAGGCCUAAACAAGAAGACGAGACGAAGGUUGGUUUUAAACCCACAGAUCUCAAGCAAACCGUCCUUGCCAAGACCACAAAGGAUAAGCUUAAACAUGGGAAAGAUUUGCCUAAGCACGCUACUGAGGUGAUGAAGGUAACCCCUAAUAAAAUGAAGGAUUCUGGUAAACAGUCCACCAUGAAAUCCCUUGAAAAACAUAAGGAACUUCUGGGUAAAGAUCAAAGUACACAUCACUCAGAAAAAUCGAAAACCGAACCUCAGAAACAUAAAGAAACACUGGAGGAGCAAUUGAAAGCAAUGUCCCCAAAAGGUUCGAAACCAAGUAAGGUUUUAAGCGAUAGAAACAAUUCAUUAGCUGAACAUGGAAAGAAUCCUUCACAAAUCCCAAAAGCAGUCCCGGUCAAUGAGCAACACGACGUCAAAACGACGCAAGUUGAAAAGAAGCCAGAGAGUAAGGAUGACAAAAGUUCCUCAGUUAAACAACCAGUCUCUGGAGCUUCCAAGAUCGACAUUUUGAAAGAAAAGAUCAGGAAAACUAACAAUUUAAAAUUCAAAGUGGCUCAAGCACUCCUUGCGCAUUGCGAAACUCAGAACAGGCUUCGAGAGGUGUUUGAUGACGUAAAUAACUCCCUUAAAAAAGCAGCUAGCCUUGCAAAAGCUAUAGGAGCAAAGUUCGGAAUCAAAGCACGUGAUAUAGAGAGGAUGACAUCCGAGCACACUGAAGGAGCAGUAGAACAGUUUUUAAACCAGUUAUUUUACAGAAAUCUUAUGGCUUCUGCUUCAUUGAGGCUGGUCCUUCUCUUGGUCUCAGUCUUCCUCCUGCUGGAAUACUCCAUAACGAGCAUGUACCAAAGACAUCCCCUAGUGUGAAAUCCAAAACCGACGCACGCCAAAAGCGGCAGCUCCCUCUUCAAGAUGAUCCUGUGGUAGUUGCAAGAGAGAAGUUACAGCGCGCCAUAAAAGCAGCUAAAGCACUCAGUAACAUAGAAAACGAGCUUGGAUUAAGUCCUAAGACGAUUGAAGAUAAAACCAAGAAUUUAGAGAAUCAACUCAAGGAUGAAGAGAAAAACUUCAAGAAACUCGCCGAUCAAACUGAGGACAGUCAAAAGAAACAGAAAUUCGUGAAGCUUGAAAAAGUCGCUGACGAGGACGUCAACCAAGCAGAAAGUAUUUUGAAACUGAUAGUGAAGUUAGAGGCAGCAAAGUAUUUGGCGAAAGAAAGAGCUCACGAAGACCUCGUCAGAGCUCAAAAGGACAAAAUUGCGUCCACGCCCCAAAUGUAUCUUGGAUCGCCGCUUUCGUAUCCACCGGAAGCUGCCGGUUAUUUUGGGGGAGUUUCACAGCCUGCUUAUCAACCUGUCAUGCCGUCAUACACGGGCAGUUAUCAACCUCAGAUGUUUCAAGCAGUAGCCCCUCCAAGUAUGGCUCCGGCUCUUACGAGUGAGCCACCGCCUCCUAGUUUACCUGCUCAUGCUAAUGUGGGGCCUUUGUCUCAGCAAAACCAUCAAGAUGACACGGAAUUACAACGAAUAAACUCAAUCAAAGAGACAAGCGUAUCAGCCUUUUCACCUCAAAGCGAUAAUCAACUUAGCGAACAAUCUGUGCAGCCAGAGGGUGGUCAGGUUGCGAGCUUCUCGAACGAGGCAACUGACACUAAAAUCAACCCAGCAGAUAUUGAUUUCAGUGAUAUGGCAAGUUCAUCAGUGAUAAAGAAGCCUCAUGAAACACAGACGACUGGAAGUACUCCCAAGACUCCAUUUAACGAUCAUGGUUCGAGUGGUAGUGAAGUGAAUGAACCGCAGAAAGAUGUUUCAGCGCCUAAGCCACUGCCUAAGCCACAGCCUGUUAAAUUGGUUACACCUCCUCAGCCAAUUGCACCAUCUCGAACACCCAAACCACCUCCGCCAGCCGUGCCAGCUGCACCAGUCGUGCCUGCUCUACCAGCCGUGCCAGCUGCACUAGCCGUGCCAGCUCAACCAGCCGUACCAGCUCAGCCCAUUAAGCCUUUCCUACCAGCUGCACCUGUCCAGCCAGUUGCAAUGCCAGUGCAGACGAUUGAAUCAGCUAUUGGACAACAAAACGGUUUCUUGACACAGUCAGCACCUCAAGCUGCAUCGUUCAACCCUGGUGCUCUGUCUGCAACAUUAGCUUCAAUGUCAAAAUACUUUGAUUCCCCGUCCAGUGUUCCCAACUCGUUUGCAACGCAGCCAUAUCAUCAACCGCUUGCAAGCGUCCAGGUGCCACAACAGAUUUCUGCUCCGCACGUACAGCCGAAGAAACCACAACCUGAGGCUCCUGAGCCUGUGAAGCCGAAAGUAACACCAUAUGCCGCUCUCAAUGACCAACCUCAGGUCACGACACAACCAAGUCCAGUAAGCUUUCAACCCUCAGGUUCAGCGGCUUAUUCCGGUGAGCAGGCGCUCUCAGGGGCUUAUCCCUCCAGUUCGUUUUAUCCGUGGAAUACACAAGCUCUCCCGUCCAGUAACCCGCAGUACUCUUGGAAUUCUCCGAUGUAUUAUCCUCCAGUUGCACCUUAUCAAGCUCCAGUCAAUCCUUUGAUCGCAGAAGCUUACAGAAAGCUUCAUGACACCGAAAGAGCCAGUCUAGCUAUGUCCAAGAUUGAGGAGGCCAUAGGGCUAUCACCAACUUCCGUGCGACACAUCGUCGAUGAUAUUGAGAAACAAGCUAAAAUGGAGACUACACAAUACGAAGACGACAUGAAGAACGAGAAAGCUGAAAUUACAAAAGAGAAACAACUGCUUCAAAAGGAUAAAAUGGCAGAUGACCCUCAAGUAAAGAAGAAAAUCCAAGAUGAUGAAGAGAAGAUUCGAAAGGACAUCAGAAAGGAAAACAUUGCAAAACUUGAAGUGGAUAAAAUAAAGAAAAUUGAGAAAAUUUUGACCAUCAUCGAGGCCGCAAAGUACUCUGCAAUGCAGCGUGCCAAGAAUCGUAUUAACAAUCUCAAAACGGACGACGGCAUCAGUGAUGGGGAGGACAUUAGAAAGCGUGACCUACAAGAUCUUGAAAAUGACAUCAAGCGACGAAGGAGGAAUGAGAUAAAUAUUUGGCUCAAAGGUUCAAGAAAUCGAAUCGACACGAGUCAUUUCCUAAGAAAUCGAAUUAGUGGCUUAAAGAAAAAUCGGGAAGAGAGGUCCCGGUGGAGUUCAGACAAUAAACAAGAUCAUCUUUCCGAAAUUUCGGAAAAAGACAAGCUGACAAGGGAAGGGUCGACGGAAGGAAGGUUGCACAAGUUGAAGUUUUUCAAUACGCUGUCAUCGAACAAGAAAUUAGAUGCUGGACAACAGUUCACUGUAGGAAAAAGGACUGAUGUCCCUGACCAACCAGACAAUUCACCAAACGCUCUUGUUAUGGCCAAAAUGCUGAACAAAAUGGACAAGUUAUUUGAUAUUCAGCGGGAAAUUUUAAAGUAUCUCAAGGCAGAGCAUACUAUACACGCAUUGAGAAAGAAGCCACACGUGAAAAGAUGGAGGCGAAGUUUACACAAGUCAAAGAACCAUAAGAAGACUCUAAAACACACAGAUAAAAAGAGAGGUGUAAAUUAAAAGAAAGCCGGAUUCCUAGCUAAAUAG